AUGACCUCGGAACAACCAAGUCAAGAACGCCACUAUGUCGCCGCCAGCGAAGCCCAGCGCCUCGUCGAAGACAUCCUCAAAGGCAACGGCGUCCCUGCCGCCAACGCCACCAUCGUCGCCCACGGCCUCGUCGCGGCUGACCUCCGCGGCGUCGACACGCACGGCAUGAACCGCAUCCCCUCGUACGUCGCGCGCAUCCAGCAAGGGGUCCUCGACCCUACCGUAUCACCCAACCUCACCCAAGUCACGCCCGUGGUCGCGCAGGUCGACGGCCGCAACGGGUUCGGCUUCCUUGCCGCGCACUCGGCCAUGACCGCCUGCACCGCCGCCGCGCAGACCUACGGCAUCGGCAUGGCCAGCGUCAAGCACUCGAACCACUUCGGGAUGAGCGCGUGGCUCGUGCAGCAGGCGCUCGACGCCGGCAUGAUGAGCCUCGUCUUCACCAACUCCAGCCCCGCGCUGGCGCCCUGGGGCGGCCGCGACAAGCUCAUCGGCGUCUCGCCGCUCGCGUGCGGCGCGCCGGGCAAGGACCCGUCGCGCGACUUCAUCCUCGACAUGGCCCCGUCCGUGGCCGCGCGCGGUAAGAUCUACAAGGCCAAGCGCCGCGGCGAGAAGAUCCCCCUGGACUGGGCGCUGGACGCCGAGGGCCGCCCGACGGACGAUCCGGAGGCCGCGCUCGGCGGCGUCAUGCUCCCGAUGGGCGGCCCGAAGGGAUCCGGCUUGGCCGUCAUGAUGGACGUCUUCUCCGGCGUGCUGUCCGGCUCAGCGUUUGCAGGGCAUGUCACGGGGCCCUACGAUCCGUCCAAGCCGGCCGACGUCGGCCACUUUCUGCUAGCGAUCAAGCCCGAUCUGUUCAUGAGCCUGGACGAAUUUCGCGACCGCAUACAGUACCUCUACGACAGAAUCACGGGGUCAGAAAAGGCAGCCGGCGUGGAGCGCAUUUACUUUCCCGGCGAGCUGGAGCAAUUGGCGCAGAAGGAGCGUGAGAAGACGGGCAUCCCACUGGUUCAGGCUGAGAUCGACGCAUUGAAUGCCGAGGCAACGAAGGUAUCAGUGCCGCCAAUGGUAACUCUUUUGCACAACAGCUCUUGGCAGGGCAUGUAG